AAAUAACACAGCAGCUAUCAGCAGGUCAGUUCUUAUUGAUUCAUUCUGUAGUUCUCUCACCUCCUUCCUCACCAUGUUCCUCACGUCUCUUCGGGAGCGGGAGUCGCGCGCCCAGCUCCAUGGACCGGUCCGUUUGAAACCUGCCGACCGUUGAUUAGCAGAAUGCUAACGGCCUCGUUAGUCUGCCGUUCAACAACAGAAGAUGGCUUUUAAAGUGAUUUUUAAUGAGAACUUCAGAAAGAAACAGAAAAUCAAGUUUAAACUAACUUUGACUUGGUAAGUUAACUACUUUGGACGGCAGAGACUGAAGCGACGUGAGUCAUGGAAACAAUCAAGCUAGGUCCGUGACGUCAAACAAUCUGUGAUCUGCUGCUUGAGAAAUGACCAGAGAUGGAGAAAAUCCACCAGGACAGAUUACAGGGGACCGGAUACUAAAUUGGGGGUUGCUGAGUCACGUCUGCACGGGCUCCACAAGAUGGCACCAGAGACUCAAAGAUUGUGAUGUGGACCAAACCACUGAGGAAUACUUUACACCUGUGUCCUGACUGACACCUCAAAGAAACACCUGCAGUCCCACAGCUGAGACUGAAAGUUCAGUCUAAGUCCUGAAAACUGCAGGCAAGACAACUCAUCUCAUAGACCAACCACAUACAGGGAUCAAUCAGAAACACCUCCAGCCCCACAGCUGAGACUGAGACUCCAGUCCCUGAAACUGUGAUUGACAGGACAUAUAUUUGACUGCAAAGGUAGCAACAUCACCCUAUGGUCGUCUCAUGGACCAGCCACAUGAGGUACAUCAUGGAGUCUUGGCAUGACCAGGAUGGUAAGACUCCAGACCACCAAGAGGUAAGUACUACAGUUUAUCUCAAUUCUCCAAACAGGUGAGUACAGGAAAUGUUCCUUCUCCAAAGAAGGUGGUCUGUCAGGUAAGUCGCCUCACUGUCUUCUCUAAGAACAAUCCCUCACAACUCAGUAUUAGAACAGAAACCUCAGGGAUUGAACAUCCAGUCCUGCAACGUACUUCACCCAUUAAAAUAUUUAUGUAAGCAUCUGCUCUGCAAUAAAACACCCCAAACACAAGGACUCAAAUAAAACCAUCUUUAUAUACUCAUGUAGGACAACUUGGCUUUGAAAUCAGAUUCAUAAUCUGCUGGAUGGAAAAGAAACUUCAAUAAAUCCUUCAUAGAAACAACAUGUCUAAGUGAGAGGUUUAACCUAUAACAAGUUGUUACUAAGAUUUAGGUCAUUAUAAGUUUUGAUGAAAAAUAAUCUUCAUUUUUCUUACAAUAGUAGUUAAUGUGUGAGUGACUCAUUAUAUCAAAGCUGACUCAUUUGAGUGUUUUUCAGCCAUCACUGCAAAAUCAACAUAUUUUAAAACUGAUUUUUAUCAUGCAGAAUAAAUGUCUUAAAUGUUGUCAGCCAUCUUGGUUUUAAUGAGAGCCUUUGUUACAGUAUGAAUGUGGCUGCAGGGAUAAAUUCACUUUAUGUAACCUCGGUCAAAACAGUGUUAUUCUUUGCUGACAGUACAAGGAACUAGAGAGUCUUGAUUCCUCAAAGCAAAGAUAUUUUAUCUUAUCUUUAUCUGAGAAGUCUUGACGCUCAUUUAGGCAGAAAGGAAUUUACAGGACAUCAUUUCAUAUGUCAGGAGAGGAGAAAGACAAAAGAUCUGAUCUCAUAUGUUGAAUAAUGUGUAAAUGAGCAGCAGUGUUACAUGUCAGAGACUCAAGAUAAAUCAUAAACUAUUUCUAAUGAUCUUUUAAUGAGUCUAAUCCCUGGCUCACAUGAUAUCAACAUGAUUCACAUCGAGGAAAAUAGAGUUUUUUUUCUAGUUGGUGAGGUCAGGUUCAGCCAGAAGAUCAUUCAAAUUCUAAAGCUUGUAGAAGUAUUUUAUCUUUGGUUUGAAAUAUGAGGAAAUGCUCCACCCUUACAUUUGAUAGAACCUGUUAAACCACAGAGUCAAAGUCACAAAGUCAGAGUGGGUUGUCUUUAAACUCCACAGUGACACUCCAACAUGUGAAGCUUUAUAAAUCUAUGUUUUUGUCAGACUUCAUGCGGCUGCUGGGAGACUGUUUCCUGUUUUUGAGCUCAUCCUGGAGCUGUCUGUUUUUAAUCUCACUUUUACUACUGAUCGUGUCUCAGCAAGAAAUUCACCAGUUGAAUCAGUCUCUGAUGUUUACAGCAGAGUGACGUCAUGGCGACUGCAGCAGCAGGCGAGUCCAGUCAGACUUUAACAGACAGAGAUGAUCUGUUUCCUCUGAGGCGCAGGAACAGCAUGGAAUGGUUGCCACCUACCAUGUCUGAGCUGAGGGUGGUUCUGCUGGGGAACAGCUGGUCUGAGAGGAGUUCAGUGGGGAACUUUAUACUCAGAGAGACUGAGUUCAACACUGAGGAAGAACCAGACGGCUGUUUGAAGGUCAGAAGACAGAUGAAGGAGAAAGACAUAGUUCUCAUCAACACUCCAGAUCUGCUGAGUCCCCACAUCUCUGAAGACAGACUGACAGAACAUGUGACAGACUGUGUGAGACUCUCUGAUCCUGGACCUCAUGUGUUCCUGCUGGUUCUACAGCCUGAAGACUUCAGUGAGGAACACAAACUGAGACUCUGCAGAGUCCUUAAACUCUUCAGUGAUCGAUCAUUUGAUCAUUCAUUGAUACUGAUAUCAUCACCCAGAGAGCAGGGCUCCAAAUAUACUCAGUAUUCUCCCCUCAAAGACAUGAUCAGAGAGUGUAGGUACAGAUAUGUGGAGCGGAUGAACCUUGAACUUCCAGAGCUGUUGACACGUUUGGAUCAAAUUGUGAAGGAGCACUAUGGAGAGCAUGUCAGCUGUGAUGUGUUCAUGGACACUGAAGAGUUGAUCACUCUGAAGUCUGAACACAUGAAACCAGCUUUAAACCUGGUCCUGUGUGGGAGGAGAGGAGCAGGGAAGACUUCAGCAGCAAAGGCCAUUUUAGGUCAGACAGGUCUUCAUUCAGCCUCCAGCUCAUCAGAGUGUGUUAAACAUCAGGGAGAGGUGUGUGGACGUUGGGUUUCCCUGGUGGAGCUUCCUGCUCUGUGUGGAAAACCUCUGGAGACAGUGAUGAAGGAAUCACUCAGGUGUGUCUCCCUCUGUGAUCCUGAAGGUGUCCAUGCCUUCAUCCUGGUCCUACCUGUGGGUCGUCUCACUGAUGAAGACAAAGUAGAGUUAAAGACCAUCAAGAAUGCAUUUGGCUUGCUGGUUAAUGACUUCACCAUGAUUCUGUUCACUGUAGAGUCAGAUCCUACAGUUCCAGCUGUUGUUAACUUUUUAAAGAAAAACAACUCCAUCCAAGAACUCCUUCAGAGCUGUGGAGGAAGAUCUGUUGUUCUCAACAUCAAGGACCAGCAGCAGAUCCCAGAGCUGUUGGACACGGUGGACAAAAUGAGACUCUACAAAGACAAACCCUGGAGUUACACAACAGAAACAUUUGCACAUGCUCAAACAGAAAAAAUCAGCACAUUACAGGCUGAGCUUAAGGACAUGAAAAUAAGAUGCCUGAUCAGCUGUGAUGAUGAGAAGCAGAGCUCAGAGGGUCUCAGGAUUGUGCUGAUCGGGAAGACCGGCUGUGGGAAGAGUUCUUCAGGAAACACCAUUCUAGGAAGAGAGGAGUUUAAAGCUGAAUCAAGUCAAACAUCAGUCACUAAAUGCCGUCAGAAAGCAGAAGGUGAAGUGAACGGUCGUCCUGUCACUGUGGUCGACACUCCUGGUCUGUUUGACACGACUCUGUCUCAUGAAGAGGUUCAUGAAGAGAUGAUAAAAUGCAUCAGUCUUCUGGCUCCAGGUCCACAUGUCUUCCUGUUGGUGUUACACAUUGGAAGAUUUACACCUGAGGAGAAGGAGACAUUCAAACUGAUCAAGAAAGGCUUUGGGAAGGAUGCUGAGAAGUUCAUCAUCAUCCUUUUUACUGGAGGAGAUUCACUUAAAGAGGAGAAGCUGUCCAUUGAAGAAUAUAUCGAAAAGAAAUGUGACGAUUCCUUUAAGAAACUGAUCUCUGUCUGUGGAGGAAGAUACCAUGUGUUCAAUAACUAUGACGAACAAAACAGAACUCAGGUCAGUGAGCUGAUGGCAAAGAUCAACACCAUAGUGAAGACAAAUGGAGGCAGCUGCUACACCAAUGAGAUGCUGCAAGAAGCUGAAACUGCUAUAAAGAAAGAAAUGGAGAGACUCUUAAAGGAGAAAGAAGAGGAGAUGAAGAGAGAGAGGGAGGAACUUCAAAGAAAACAUGAAGAAGAAAUGGAAGAAAUUGUGAGAAGAAUGGAAAAACAAGAACGAGACAUGAAAGAAGAGAGAGAAAAGAGAGAAAAAGAACUUAGAGAAAAGGAGGAAAUCAUUCAGAAGGAACAAGAGGACAGAAAGAAAGAAAAGCAAAUGAGAGAAGAAGAAGACAGGAAGAGGAAAGAACAGGAAGAAGUUCAACGAAAGGAGUGGGUACAUAAACUUAAAUCUUUGGAGAAAAAGAUAAAGUUAGAGGAAAAAGAAAACAUUAACAGACAGCUGGAGGAGAGCAGAGAAAAGAUGAGAGAAGAAAGAGAGAGUCGGGAGAAACAACAAAAAGAAGGGUGGGAAAAAAGAAAUCAAGAAGAGGAACAGAGACGACAGGAGGAACAAACAAGACUCAGAAAACUUCAAGAAGAGUUUGAACAGGAAAGAGAAAAUUAUGAAAAGAAAAGAAAGGAAGAGGAUCAGAAAAGAGAGGAAGAAGAAGAGAGGCUAAAGAAUCAACAUAGAGAAGAAAUUGAAAAGGAGAGAAAACAGAGAGAAAAAGAACUAAAAGAUAUGGAGGAAAACAUAAAGAAGGAACAAGAGGAAAAAGAACUAAAAGAAAAAGAGGAAAUCAUACAGAAGGAACAAGAGGACAGAAAGAAAGAAAAGGAAAGGAGAGAAGAAGAAGACAAGAAGAGGAAAGAACAAGAAGAACUUAAACAACAGGAGUGGGAAAAGAAAUUUGAAGUUCUGGAGAGGACUAUAAAGUCAGAGUCAGAGGAAAAAGAAAACAUUAACAGAAAGCUGGAGGAGAGCAGAGAAAAGAUGAGAGAAGAAAGAGAGAGCUGGGAGAAACAACAAAAAGAGGGGUGGGAGAAAAGAAAUCAAGAAGAGGAACAGAGACGACAGGAGGAACAAACAAGACUCAGAAAACUUCAAGUAGAGUUUGAACAGGAAAGAGAAAAUUAUGAAAAGAAAAGAAAAGAAGAGGAACAGGAAAAAGAGAAGAAAGCCAUUGAGAAGAAGUUUAAGUCAGUAAUUGAGAAUCUGACAAAGAAGCAUGAAGAUGAAGUCAGAAAGAAAGCUGAAGAGUUCAAUGAGUUCAAAGAGAAACACAGAAAGGAAUCAGCAGCUCAGAAGGAAGAGUACGAGAAACAAAUGAAAGACAAAGAUGAGACGGCGCUUAAAGCCCACAAUGAAGAAGAAAUGAAGAAGAAACAUCAACAACAUAUUUGUGACAUCAUGAAAUGUGUGACCAAAAAGAAGGAAAACCUGAAAGUAAUCAGUGAGUUACUGAGAGCACAGGAAGAAGAAAUGAAAAAGCAGGAAACUGAGGAGGCAAAGAAAAGUCUGGAGGACAAACAUGAAAUAGAAAUGGACUACCUGAUAAAGAAACUUUUGAAUCAAGCCGACGACUCAUGGUGGACUUACUUUAAAAACUUUUUUGGGUUUUAAGUAACUGAAACUAAAAAAGCAUCAGACAUACUGUGGUUGUUUUUUAUUGGACAGCAUAUCACGGUCACAGGAAUACUUCUCCUGAUGGUCAUUUGUUUGAAUCUGCUGUCUCUGAAGCUGCAGGUAACCAAAGCAACAGUAAUGAUGCUUCAAGCUUAAUCAACAGGUGACAGGAAAACUAAAGACUCUCUACAUCUAAGGAGAAAACAAGCAGCUGACCUCAGAGGAGGUGACUUAAUCAAUGUGGUGCUGGAACAAAGUUAAUCCAAAGAAUGAACCUUUAUCUAACACCAGUUUCUGACUCCAGACAUGAAGUUGUCUCAUCACAGUUAUCUGUAGAGGAACGUUUUAUCUGAAGCUGAAAAACAUUACUGAUAAACAUAGACACAGAGGAUGUUAUACUCAGUGAACUAUUGAGGAUGUAAGCUCUGUCUUAGCAGCUCGUAGAUCACAGUUAACAGCCUGUCUUCUCUUGGUGAGGAUGUUUGUGAGGAUGUGUUGGUCAAGUUGUGACUUAUGACUUCUCUGUGUCUCUAUAUGACAUAACAACCUUUAAUGAGCUUGGUGAUGUCUUAAAAACUGAGCUGCAGGUUUUGAGUUUUCUCCAGGUUUAAGUGUCACCUUGUUACAUGAGGUGAUGAAAACAUGCAGAUUUGAAGCUCUGAUUGAAAGGGGAGAUUGAAUCUGGCCCUGUGUCUGUGUAUCUGCUGCCCUCUGCUGGUUUCCUGUUCUCAUUGGUUACUGCUCAAACAGUCUGCAGUGUGCUCCAGCUGAAACAACAUCUUGUUUUCUUUGAAUCGUUUUCUUAACAUGUGAGACAGAAAGAAGUGAACUAGUGUCUUUACAGUGUGCUGUGCACUUUGUUUUGUAAAGACUGGAGUUCAUGUUUGUUUCUAAAACUUCUCUUGGACAGGCAGAUUGUGACAAAGUGUAUUCUGCUCUCACCCAAAUCUAACAAACUAUAAUGAAGCAGCAACAUUUAAAAGCUGAAUAACUCACUCAGUUAUGAUAAUAGUUUCAUCUUUAACUUUCAUAAUCUUCUAUAUUUGACUUUAUUUCUUUAAUGUUUGGUAAUAUGUCCGAGCACUGGCAUGGUUUGUGUCUGUAAAUAAUCUCAAUGCUGUUUUUUUUCCUCUGUGUUGUUUAUUUGUAAAUAAAGAGCCUUUUGCUUUCACACUGCACCUUCUUAAAGAGUGACUUUAUUAUCUGUAAGCUUGUUAGAAUGUAUUCUUGUAAAGAAGAGGAAGAAUAUGAUGUUUGUAUUUUUAGAGAAGUGAAAUGUUUAGUUAAUUGACCAGUUUUCUCUGCAACCCUGAUGAUGAAUAUCACAACAAGAAUAAACACAGAUAUCAUUAAACUACUCAUCAGGUGAAUCAAAGUGAUAAAUUAUGACUUAAUAAUCAGAGACUGUUUGUUUUGACUGUGCAGAUACUUUCAGUUCUAUAUCUUUGUUUGGUUAAACAUGAAGUAAGACUUGAUUUGGUGAAACUGAUCACAUUAACUUCAGAUAAAUCUUGAAGUGUACAUUCUGUGUUUGAUCAUUAGAAACUGUUUCCCUGAUAAUCAGUGUGGACUGAUGUUCAUAUAAUAAACUCUAUAAUAAUCUGA